AUGUGGGAACGGACUCUCCAAGAUCUCAUCCGAGGCUUACGGGCGAACAAGAAGGAUGAGAGCAAAUUCAUCUCACAUGCAAUUGAUGAGAUCAGGCAGGAGGUCAAGAGCAAGGAUAUGGAAUUGAAGGCAGGCGCUGUACUCAAACUCACAUAUCUAGACAUGAUGGGAUAUGACAUGAGUUGGGCAUCAUUUCAUGUCGUGGAGGUCAUGUCUUCUUCCAAAAUCCACCUCAAGACUAUCGGGUACUUAGCGGCCACUCAAUCCUUCCGGCAAGACACGGAUGUCCUGAUGCUUACUACUAACCUGCUGAAGAAGGACUUGGGCUCAAGACCGGAAGAUGUCGCUGUCACUCUGAAUGGUCUUUCUCACAUAGUCACACCAGAUUUGGCUCGGGACCUAUCUCGCGAUCUGAUAGCCAUGCUAAAUCAUUCUCGACCACAUAUCCGCAAGCGUGCGGUUAUCGCGUUGUACAAAGUUUUCGUACAUUACCCUGAAGUAAUUCCUCAAGGCAUGGGCAGAUUGAAGGAACGGCUUGAGGACCCUGAUCCUGGCGUCGUUGCAGCUACUGUCAAUGUUCUCUGCGAGCUGGUACAGCAGAAUCCUAAGGACUAUCUAACAUUAGCACCGCCAUUAUUCCAUCUACUAACCACGUCAUCGAAUAAUUGGAUGCUAAUAAAGAUCAUCAAACUCUUUGGUACACUUGCUCCGUAUGAACCACGGUUGGUGAGGAAAUUGCAACCGCCAAUCACCGAUCUCAUUUCGACAACCCCUGCCAUCUCGCUGUUGUACGAGUGCGUCCGUACUUGCAUCAUAGGUGGCAUACUCCAAGGUACCACAGGCAAUGCCCUCGCCCGGACGUGCGUCACGAAGUUGGCUUCUUUCCUUGAAGACCCAGAUCAGAAUUUGAAGUACAUCGCACUUCUUGCGAUGGUCAAUAUUGUGCCCACACAUCCGGAGCUCGUUGCGGAAUAUCAGGAUAUGAUAGUGUCCAGCGUCGAUGACCAGGAUAUCAGCAUACGCAUGCGCGCUUUGGAUCUCCUGUCAGCAAUGGCUGGCCGAAACAAUCUCCAAACGAUCGUCCAGCAGUUACUCUCCCAUCUUGUGCGGUCAGAUUCGUCAGCACUGCCGUCUGCCACACAAUCCCUCUCCCAGAAUACUUCUUCUACAAACCCAAAACCUGCGAAUGCUCCAUCCCAGUCAUCCGCGUACCGCCUGACUCUGGCACAGCGGAUACUAUCUCUAUGUUCAAAAGACACAUAUGAUAAUGUGGUCGACUUCGAGUGGUAUCUAUCCGUUCUAGUAGAUCUCGCUUAUAUCGCCGAUGUCGAAGUGGGUGCUGAGAUUCGAGAUCAGCUUGUCGACGUCACGAGCCGCGUGCGGGCAGCAAGGCGGUUUGCAGUCCAGCUGAUGGUCAAGCUAUUAACCGACGAUAGCUUUCUGCUGAAUGCUCAAGAAGAGGGAAGCUGUGCAGAGGUGUUGUGGGCUGCAGCCUUCAUAUGUGGGGAGUAUUGCGGGGAGCUUGCCGAACCACAGAAGCUGUUGACGUAUCUGCUUCAACCCAAUAUCAAUGUUCUUGACCCAGAGACUAUCGCUGUUUACUUGCAGGCUGCUUUGAAGGUAUUCGGAUACUGGGCGGCAGAGCUGGCUGGCAGAUGGGAUAAUGACGAUCUGCCGAAGGUCAAAAGCCUCGUCGAGAUGGUAGAAGAACGUGUGACGGAGUUUGCAGCAAGUUCGGACAUUGAAGUGCAAGAACGGGCAGCGAACAUUCUCCAGCUGUUCACCUUCGUUCGGGCGGAUUUGAACGCUUAUAAGCCCAAGCCAGACAACAGCCUCGGGCUCGGGGAGUCAAGUACAUCGAUCUUCGACCCGAUCGUAUCUACGGAACCCAACUUCCCGAAGAGUCUCUUCCUCAUCCGUCCCCUCUUUGACACCUACGAGCUCAACGCCGUUGCACCCAAUGCGCAAGCGAGCGUCCCUGUUCCUGAAGGCCUGGAUCUCGAUGCGUGGAUCAUCCCUCCGCCAAAGCAGGUCUUGAAUGACAUUGACGAGGCAGAUGGACAAAUCACUGAGCCAAGACACAAGAAGAGCAGAAAGGGCAAGGGCAAGGACACCGGAAGCAGUAAGGUCAGGGGCAAGAAGAAGGCAGAACAGGCGGAGAAUGGCACAAUUGCAAAGCCGGAGGUGGAGACUGCGGAGAGUAGGGCGGAGCGCGAGCGCCGCAAGCAGGAACGGUUAGAGCGGAUGCGUGACGACCCGUACUAUCUGAUUGACGACCGGCCGUCAUCGACGAAACCUACAGUCGAAGAUGUGGACUCAAUACCAGUGGUCAGGCUCGACGACAUGCCGCCACUCCCAGGGUCGUCUUCGCAAGCGCCCAGUCUACUCAGCACGCCUUCCCAGACUACGCCGCAAACGUUUGUUAUUGACAAGACAGGUGAAAUGCCCGAGGGAGCGCUUCAGCCAGCGGCCGCCGCUGGUACGCCAUCAGAUGGGUUUUCGCCAGCACCGGUAGGGAAUGGUGCGGCAGCGUUGGUUACCUCGUCAUACUUCCCGCCGUACGAGGUCGAAGACGAAAUACCGCGCACAGAUACUCCGCCACCGAUCAAGGUUACUCGGGCGAAGAAAAAGGGUACGAGUGGCGGGAAGAAGAAACGGACACACAAAGUUGAUAGUGCCAGCCCUCACGUAGAGUAA